AAACUUUCCUCAAAAUUCUCAAAAAAAAAAAAAAAACACUAAGCUCAUCUUCUUCCUCAGCUCAAGAAGAACACAAAGCCAUGGCCGACCAAAACAACAACCAAACACUUCAAAAGGUAACAAAAUUAUUGUUUUCUAUCUCUUUGUUGUCCUUCUUCUUUACCCUUCCAUCUUGGCUCUUCCAUUCCCCAAUUCUCGACUCUUCCAACCAACCAAUCGACAAGAACUUCAUGUUCCUUCUCUGCAACGGUCUCCUCGUUUUCCUCGCAAAAUAUUCAGGUCUAUUCAAAUCUCUCUCCACUUCCCAACCAAAUUACGACGCAUUCAGUGUCUAUGAGCUCGACUCUUUGUCACCUCCAACGAUGUUGGAGGACGAGAAACAAACAACAGUGUCUACAACAACAAUAACAACAACACGAGAAAAGAACGAUGAGUCAGAAGAAAAAACCAUUUCGAUUUCAGAAAUUGGCGACGAUGAAGUUGAAGAAGACGACGAUAGAACAGGUGAUGAAGAAGGGAAUGACGACGCGUUGAACGAUGAAGAACUUAACAGAAAAUUCGACGAAUUUAUCAAAAGAAUGAAGGAAGAAAUCAUAGAUGAUGCUCAAAAGACUCUAGUAGUAGUUUAAUUAGUAAAGAAAAAAAAUAAUGAUAUGACACCUUGUAUACUUGUAACAAGAUUCACAUUCUUCAGAAAUA